AUGGAAGAUUCGAACUUGACUGAAAUCCUGCCACCUGAACUCAUCACUGAAAUCCUUUUGAGGGUUCCCGUGAAAUCCCUCUUGAAAUUCAGGUCUGUAUCGAAAUUUUGGCUUGCUUUAAUCUCUAGCCGUGAAUUUAUCAAGAACCAUCUCAGUUUAUCAGCUAGUAACCACCAUGUGCUAAUUUCUAUUCAGAAUAGAGAUUGUAAGUGGAAUUUCAAAGAAUGCCUUUUUAGGUCUUUAUUUUAUGACUCUGUUACUGAGGCUUUUGACUUGAAGUAUCCCAUUGAAGACAACAGUAAACUUAUCGAUAUUUUGGGUUCUUGCAAUGGAUUGAUUUUGCUUAUGGGUUAUAUAGGAUGUUUGCUUUUAUGGAAUCCAACAACUAGAAUGCAUAAGAAAUUGCCUAAUCCUAGACCUAGAUGGAAGAACUACUAUGACGAUUAUGGUUUUGGAUAUGAUGAGCUCCGUGACGAUUAUAAGGUAGUGGGUAUUUUUUAUAUACAAGGUCGUUCACAUGGGAGUGAGGUUAAAAUAUAUAGUCUAAAGAGUAAUUCUUGGACUAAUAUUGAUUAUUGUGAUGAGGAGAUAUUAAAUACUGCAGACUCUGGUAGAACAAUGAGAUUAAGAGAUUCUGGUUUUUUGCUAAUGGGAAGCUUCAUUGGGAUACGAUUACUUUUAGUCCUAAUUUCGAUGAUGUGCGUAAGUGCAGCAGAAUUAUUUGUUUUGAUUUAG